AUGGGGAACGUCAGUUCGGUUCUGGUUCAAGCAAGAGACGAACCUAAGAGGCUCACCGGGAUCUGCGGUGGCAGCAUAAUCACCGCCAGGCACGUCCUCACCGCCGGACACUGCUUGUUCCUCCAUGGCCAGCGUUCUCCGCUCUCGGUGUUGUACGGCCAUACUACUCUGGCGCUGGCAAAGCAGUCCGCCGUAGUCCGGGCGAAGCUCCAUCCGGCUUACGACGACCGGACCCUGAUGAACGACAUCGCAGUGCUGGAGCUGCCGCACGAGCUAAACUUCUCGGACACCGUGCAGCCCGUGUGCCUUCCCACCGAGGACUUUCCCCCGCUGCCCGGAACCAUCGGCGUCGUGGCCGGCUGGGGAUACACGUCGGACUCUGGAAAGCAACACCGCAACCCGUACCUGCUCUUCGUCACGCAAGUCAUCAAGCCACAGGAAUACUGUGUGGCUAAAAUGCAAGGCUACUUCUACAGCCCUUUGACCUCGUUCUGCGCCUACCGCUACGGCUACGACGCCUGCCAGGGUGACUCCGGCGGUGGCCUGAUGGUUCUGCAUGACGACCGCUGGUACACGGUUGGUAUCAUCUCUUACGGCAUCGGCUGUGCUACGCCGGAUCUGCCGGGAAUAUACACUGACGUCACCAGAUACGUCGGCUGGCUCCGGCACGAGUUGCGAGACGAGCUGUGACUAACAGUUUAGCGUGUGCAGUCACGCAGGCUAUAUAGUAUACGUGCAGCUUUACUGGACGUCAAGUAUUUAGUUUGUGUGAACGGCACCAUGUGGCGUAUUGACAUUAUAAUUCUUAAGUCGCGCGGUGACGAAUGCAGUGAUAUGGCAGUAAAUAAAACGGAAUCAAUAUGUCGCGUUUCUUUUUAUAAAAAUGCGGGAGCUAUAAACCGAAACUGGACUAAACUUAAGUAAUAAUAAUUGGGCUUGAACAUCCCAAAAACCACGAUAUAGUCGUUAGGAACGCCGAAUGGCUCCCGAAAUUUCGACCACGUGGGCUUCCUUAACGUGCACUUAAAUGUAAGUGUAUACGCGGGCUUCAAGCGAUACAAAAUCCGCGACUUUCGGAUUGGGCAGCCGAACACCAUA